GGAGUUACAAUAGUAUUCAAACAUUUCUGCUGAAUUCAGUAGUUUACGUCGUUAGAUGAUGAACAUUAAUCGGUCGGGAACCCUGCCUCCAACUAUUUUGCAUCUGAAAAUCAUACCUGCUGUGUAGCCAUAUCGCAAAUUGACGGAUUUCUAUCGAUCAACAAUGAAGAAGAACCAGACAAAUAUCACAAUGAUCACUUCUCAGCAAUCAGUCAUUUGUAGUUCACGUUUUUCAGUUAAAUUUGAACUGUGAACUAUUUCCAAUUUAAACUACUCCCUAAUAUAAAAUGUGUUUAGUUUUCAGUUGAUUUUUCCCUCUCAUAUAUGCUUUUCAAAAAGUUAUUUCCCCCCACCUUAAUUAAAUUUAGACAAUGGUGGUACCUUUGCCAGCGGUUGCGGAGCGUAUGAACAAUCCGAAUAAUCCAGUCGUUUUCUUCGAUGUCACGAUUGGUGGACAGGAAAUCGGUCGAAUGCAAUUCGAAUUAUUUCAAGAUAUUGUCCCAAAAACUGUAGAGAAUUUUAGGCAAUUCUGUACAGGUGAAUACCGUAAAGAUGGUGUACCAACUGGUUACAAGGGAACAUCAUUCCAUAGAAUCAUUAAAGAUUUCAUGGUACAAGGCGGGGAUUUCAUUAAUGGUGACGGAACUGGAUCAUUUAGUAUUUAUGGUGGUGUACAAUUCGCAGAUGAGAAUUUUGAAGUGAAACAUUGUACUUGUGGGAUGCUUUCUAUGGCAAAUAGUGGUCGUGAUACAAAUGGAUGCCAGUUCUUCAUUACUUGUGCCCCUUGUGACUUUCUCGAUGGGAAACAUGUGGUUUUCGGUCGAAUUGUCGAUGGGAUGUUAGUUUUGAAGAAAAUUGAAAAUGUACCAACUGGUGCUAAUAAUCGUCCGAAAGUUCCUGUACUAAUAUCACAAUGUGGAGAAAUGUAA